AUGCGGUACGAGGCGGUGAUCCUGCAGUGCACGCUGCAGGCGCCCACGGGGCCGAUCUCGGGGGGUCGGCUGGUGAUGGCGGUGGAUGGGCGCGAAGCAGUGGUGGUGCAGGAGGAGCCAGGGCACGACCUGCCGCAUGCCAUGCGCACACACGAUUUCCCCCACGCUCUUACACACUGCUCCUCGCCGCUGUACAAGCCGACGCACGCCGGCCGGCUGCGCGAGUGGAUGGAUUUCCACCGCACUGUUCACCGCGUGGACCUCUUCCUGCUGUACGAUGCGGGCGGCGUGGACGGCGCGGUUCGGCACGCGCUGCACCCGCUGCUGGCGGGCGGCACAGUGCAGAUCGCGGAUCUCAGAGAUGCCGCCCGGUUUGAGAGCUACCACCAUGCACAGGGCGAGGGGGAGGGGCAGGGGCAGAGGGGGGGCGAGGAGGGGUGGACGUGGGUUAGCUUUGGGUGCUUCUUCUUCUCUGUCGACCGCUGCGCUCCUUUGCCCGACAUCAGUGAAGGGGAUGAGUGGGCGGUGGAGCGCAUGGUGUAUCGGGACCCUGCUGUUAUCCCUACUGCAGCUGCAGUGACGAGACCGUGUUCCAUUCUGUGCCUCUAA